GGAAAAGAACAAACGAAGAAGAGAAUGAGCCAAUCACCGUCAGAGUUGAGAGGACUUGUUCAGGCGAGUUCUUGUCGACUUGCUCUACACGUGCUGCUUCAUAAGAAAUGAUUAUGGCACCGGUUCCAUUAUUGAAUGAUGGCAGAGCCUUCAAGAAGGAAUAAAGCCUCAUCACAGGUCCUUCUCGCCAACUACCGGUAUAUGUGCAGAAAGGCCAAGCUGCUUUGCGCCAUGGAGAACGCAAGAGCGAGAAAGAAACACCGACAGAAGAUGAUGAUAAUCCCCAACAUGAAGACAAAAAGAAGCGCCUCUCACCACGAGCACCCGGACACAAAUAAACUGAUCAAAAAAACUAAAUGGAGUGAUGCAGACCAGGAAAAAGAAAGAACUCUGACCUCUGACACCAAACAUACAGAUGAAACUAAACACGGACUUUCUGUUUCUAAAGCAGCCGACCACCUCAGCAUAAUGAGCGCCCUCAGAGACAGAUGGGAAGUGGACAGCGGUUUCUCCUCUGAGGCCAGUAGUCCUCCAGCCAGCGGUAGGAGCUCGCCGUGCCUCAGCUCGUGCUCCACUACAGUGGUGGCCUUGGACUGUGAGAUGGUGGGGACGGGGCUCGGCGGGCGCUGCAGCGAGCUGGCCCGCUGCAGCAUCCUGGACUACCAUGGCAACAUCCUGUACGACAAAUACGUCAGACCCUGUCAUCCCGUCACAGACUUCAGAACUCGCUGGAGCGGCAUCCAGAGGCAUCAUCUCCGCAACGCUACGCCCUUCGCUCAGGCCAGAGAAGAGAUCCUCAGGAUACUUGAGGGCAAAGUGGUUGUGGGCCACUCGAUCUACAAUGACUUUGAGGUGCUGGACAUGGUCCACCCAGGUCACAUGGUCAGGGACACAAUUUCAACACCUCUCCUGAGCCGGUUGGCCGGUUUCACCCACAAACGCUGCGCCUCCCUCAAAAUCUUGUCCAGUAAGCUACUCAACAGAAGGAUACAGGCUGGGAAGAGCGGCCACUGCUCGGUGGAGGACGCUCGCGCUGCUCUGGACCUCUACAAGCUGGUGGAGGGCGAGUGGGAGCGGGAGCUGCAGGACAAGCUCCGAGACGAGGACGCACCACACGAGCCCAGCUUCACUUCUUCCAGCCACUACAUGCACGACGAGUACUGGCCCGAUGACGUCAUAGCUGACAGCCAAUGAGAGGACAGUGUUUAGUGGGACGUACCUCAACAAGCCCCUUUGGUAUGGAGAUACACAUGAGAGCAGGUUCAGGUGGCUCUAUGUAAUGUGAAUGAAAACCAAUGCCAGCAUAUGUCAGGAGUAGGACUACGUUUAGACUGUGAUAAAAUGAUCACAAAUGAUGACUCAUUUUAUUGCUUGAAUGAAACACUUUCUAACUUAUUAAUUAUGAACAUGUUAAACAUGUUGAGAGUUUGUUACAGUGUUUUCUUGCUGUAAUACCAGACAUUUGCCUUUGGAGGUGCUAGAGAUCAAGUUAGUCAUUACAGACUUGAUGAUGUUUAUAGGGUGAGGAGUUGGUGCUCUUACAGUUGAUAGUUAAAAAACAUUUGAUGUGCAGAGUUUGCAGUUCUGUUAAAGUAUCUUAUUACUUGAAAGUUUAAAGGGAGAGUUGGGUUUCUUUGAGAGUGAAUACGUGUCUCAUACAACUCCACCAUAGUAAAAUCUUUUUGUUAUUAAAGUAGAUUAUGGCUUUGUUGGAAAAAAGAAAGAGGAGGACCUGCUCAGGAGUCAAGCAAUGAAUCAGUGCUCUAAUUUAGUGUGGUUGGAGGCAUCUGAAACAAGGCCCAUAUAACAAUAUAAUAUAAUAACAUUACCAGUUUAAGUGGAUAGUAUGUUUUAAAUGUCAUCACCUCAUUGCCAAAAAUAACAAUUUUGGUGUUUUAACACAUUCAUUUGCAGCCUAACGAAAACUCUCACACCAACACAAAGCGAACUGCAAAGAAACCAAACCGCCCCUUCAAACUGUUGAAGGAGGAACCUCUUAAUAGUGUAAUACGAGCACAAAGCACAGAACUAUGUUAUUGAAUGUUCUCACUGGGGACGAGUUCAAAGACAGUUUGUUGCAAAUAUUUCCACAUCAGUGACUUGAAGUGUUUUAAUGCUGUAACAAUUGUGUGUUCGGUUGUGACAGUUGUAAGCUGCUCUUAAAUAAAUAAAAUGGCAUCAUGAUAAACUAAA